AUGACGUCUUUUGAAGCACUUUAUGGGAAGGCGUGUAGGAUGCCAUUAUAUUGGACAGAGGCAGGAGAAAGGCCAUUGGUGGGACCAGAGCUUGUGGAUACCAUCAACGCUAAUAUCCAACUAAUUAAGGCGAAUUUGAAAGUAGCACAAGACCGACAGAAAAGCAUUGCAGACAAACACUCCAAGGAUCGUGAGUUUACAGUGGGCGACUUUGUAUUCUUGAAGUUGUCUCCCUGGAAGGGCGUUGUUCGUUUUGGUAAGCAAGGGAAGUUGAGUCAUCGAUACGUCGGUCCCUAUCAGAUUAUUGAGAGAAUUGGUGCAGUUGCUUAUAAGUUGGAGUUACCACCAGAGUUAUCACUGAUCCAUAACGUUUUCCAUGUUUCCAUGCUUCGGAAAUAUGUACCGGAUCCCUCUCAUAUCAUCCAGAUAGAGCCAUUAGAAGUAAAUCCGGAUGCUAGCUAUGUAGAAGAACCAGUGGCUAUCCUUGACAGACCGGAUAAGGUGUUGCGGAACAAAGUUAUUCCUUUGGUAAAGGUAUUGUGGAGAAACCAUGCAGUCGAAGAAGCUACUUGGGAAACAGAGGAAUUAAUGCAGAACCAAUAUCCCUUUCUUUUCGUGUAA